AUGAUUAACACAAAUUCAAUCAAUAUUUUAAAAAAAUUCAAUCAUAAUUCUUCUUGUAAUAUUAUUCCAAAUAUUAUUUAUGGAAUUGGUCAUAAUAUUUCAAAAAAUUGUGGUCUUUUUGGAUAUCUUAUUAAUAAAAUUAUAUUAUAUAAUAACAUAAAGAAAAUAUCUCCAAAUUAUUACAAAAGUUCAAAUUACUCAUUUCCACUGUAUAACAGAAAUAUUUUCUACUUUUUCCAUAAAUCUUCCACAUAUAUACCUUUUAAUACCAUUAAUAUCAAUUCUUCUUCAACUUUAUCACUACCAUUACCUCAUUCUCUUCAUCUAAAAAAAUCACUAAUUAAUACUCGUUCUUUAUCCUAUUAUUCAUCUAUUACUGACCAUCAUAAUCAAAGAAUUGGUCAAGUAAUCUCUGUUGCAGAUGGAAUUGCUCAAGUUAACGGUAUUAGAUCAGUCAAAUAUGGAGAAUUAGUUGAAUUUUCAUCAGGAGAAAAAGGUAUGGCAUUAAAUCUUGAAAGUGAUCAUGUUGGUGUUGUUAUAUUAGGUGAGGAUAGAAAUAUUAGAAAAGGGGACAAAGUUAUCUCCACUAAUACUAUUGUUAAUUGUCCUGUUGGUAAAGAACUUCUUGGAAGAGUAGUUGAUGCUUUAGGAAAUCCAAUUGAUGCUAAACCACCUAUUACUUCUUUAGAAAAAAGAGAAAUUGAUGUUAAGGCUCCCGGAAUUAUGGAUAGAAAAUCUAUUAAUGAACAACUUAUUACUGGUAUCAAAUUUAUUGAUGCUCUUAUACCUAUUGGAUUAGGACAAAGAGAAGCUAUUGUUGGUGAUAGACAAACUGGUAAAACUUCUCUUGCCUUAGAUAUUAUACUUAAUCAAAGAAAGUUUUAUGAUGAUAUUAAAACCAGAAAGUAUUGUAUAUAUGUUGCUAUUGGUCAAAAAAGAUCUAGUGUUGCUCAAAUUGUUAAAAUACUUGAAAAAUAUGAUGCUUUAAAAUAUACCAUCAUUAUAGCAGCUACAGCUUCUAAUGCUGCAUCUCUUCAAUUUUUAGCUCCAUUUACUGGUUGUACAAUGGGAGAAUGGUUUAGAGAUAAUGGACAACAUUGUAUUAUUGUAUAUGAUGAUUUAUCAAAACAAGCCAAUGCUUAUAGACAAAUUAGUUUACUUUUAAGAAGACCUCCUGGAAGAGAAUCUUAUCCAGGAGAUAUAUUUUAUAUACAUAGUAGAUUAUUAGAAAGAUCAUCCAAAUUAUCUGAUGAAAAAGGCGGUGGAUCUUUAACAGCUUUACCCAUUGUUGAAACACAAUCUAAUAAUUUCUCAUCAUUUAUUCCAACUAAUAUAACUUCAAUAACUGAUGGCCAAAUUGUACUUGAUAGUGAUUUAUUCUUUAAAGGAAAUAGACCUGCAUUUAAUCUUGGAUUAUCAAUUAGUAGAAUUGGAUCUUCUACCCAAAAUAAAACAAUUAAAAAAGUUUCUCAAAAUAUUAAAUUAGAUUUAUUGCAAUAUAAAGAAUUUCAAAAAUUCUCUUCAAAUUCAAACCAAAAUAAUUUAUAUAUUAAUGAUAAAUAUAAAUUACUUGAAGAAUUAUUUCAACAAAAUCAAUUCCAAUUCUUUGAGCCAGAAUUUCUUACUUGUCUUAUUUAUGCCAUUAAUCAAAAUAAAGAUCAAAUUAUAAUUAAAGAUUUUAAGUUAUUUGAGAGAUUAUUUUAUGAUUUUCUUCAUUCUAAACAAGAAUAUAAAGAUAUACUUAAUACCAUCAAAGUUUCUUUAGAAUUUAAUGAUUUAAUGAAAUCCAAGAUAAAUAAAGCAAUUCAUGAGUUUUUUUGUAUAUAUAAUAAUAUAUAA